GAAUUUUCUAUAUUGUUAUUGUUAUGUAUGGUAUCUAAGUUUGAAACUGUGAUUUAGUUGAGAUCUCGGUUGAGAUGUUUAUAGUUUAUAACUUUAUAAGUUGCGUUUAAUAGUAAUCUGGCAGAGAAUCAGAGAGUUAAACGAAUGAAAAUGACUGGAAAAUAUUACAAUGAUCAGUGAGGAAUCUUCAGAACUUCGUCAACGAAACGAAUUGGAAGCUUUACAAGCAAUUUAUGGAUGUGAUAUCAAAGAUCUACGAGGAAAAUCCGUGUGGAAAAGAUGGAAACCUUUGGAUCUUUCAAUAACAUUGACUCCUCAGCAAGGUAGUUUAGGUACACAAGAAAUAUAUGUGAAAGUUGAUUUACAUAUCAUUUGCAAUGAUGAAUAUCCCAACAGUAUCCCUAAAAUUCUACUGGAAAAUGGUAAGGGGUUAUCAAAUACCACUCUAGUAGAAUUACAAGAAAUACUGGUAGAACGUGCAAAUGAGUUCAAAGGAGAGGAGAUGAUUUUUCAACUGUCUCAGGAUGUUCAGGAAUUUUUGCAUAAGCAUAACAAACCUGGAGCUAAAAGUUUUUAUGAUGAAAUGCUGAAGAGACAAAAAGAAAAAGAGGAAAAAGAUCUAAUAGCCAAGCAACUUGAAGAGAAUGAACAAAGGCAGUAUAUAAUUGAAGAGGUUAAGAGGAGGCAAGAAAUGCUGAGAUCUGAAACAAAGCAUUGGAAUAAAAACAAGCAUCAAUCAGAAAAUGAUGAACCUUUUGAUACCAAGAGAAGAUUUUCUUCAUCCAAUAGUUGCUUAGGAACUAAUGAGGAGAUAUAUCAUCAUCAGAAGACUGCUGAAAUUGAAUUUGGAAAUAGAAGUAUUCAAAGAGGCUGUUGCUUAGAACAUCCUGCUACCAAUCACAUUAUAUACUGUGGAAUAGACUCAGAAUCAGGAGAAUUAGUGAUUGUGAGUGAGUGGACUAUCCAGGUGGAAUCCAAAAAUGAUUUACCUUAUAUUCAGAGACAAAUUGGUAGUAUUGAGCAAGAACUGCACUAUCUAGCAAAAUUGAAACAUCAAAAUUUAUCACAUUAUUCUGGGAUGAAGUAUAUUGUGAAUGAAAAUGAAAUAAUCAUAUAUUUGUUGAGAGAAUUUAUCAUGGGUAUUUCCUCUGGUACUUUUCUGAAUCAAACUAUCAGAAUAGACAUGGAAUUUCUCAAACAUAUUUCAAGAGGUGUUUUAACAGCUUUGGAUUACUUACAUAGAAAUAAUGUUAUUCACAAAUACCUGGAAGCAUCAUGUGUAUAUAUAAAUGAUCUUGGUGUUGUAAGGAUUUCCUGUUACAGUAUCCACAGAAGAUUAUUGGAUUUAAAAUCACAAAUUCACAAUAAUUACAGUAAAAAGACUGAUAUUUUUAGGUUUGGUAUACUAGUAUUAUCACUCUUACUAGGACAUAAUGUAUCUGAAGAGAACUUUGAGAUACCUGAUUCUAUACAGUCUGAUUUGUACGACUUUCUAACUAAAUGUCUGGCAAAAGAUGAAUCCGACCGUUACACUACAACUCAACUAUUGAAUCAUUCAUUUUUCCAUAAAUCUGUGAUACCUUUUUCACCAAAACGUGAUCUGGAAGAAAUUGAAAUUCCUCGAAAUAAUUCACCUGAAAUUAUCCAAAGAGAUCUGCAGCUUUUAUCUCAAUCUACCCUAAAUGGACAGUCUCGAGUCAACAACGAAUUUGAAUUUUUACAACACCUUGGCAAAGGAGCCUUCGGAGAUGUCAUGAAGGCUAGAAAUAAAUUAGAUGGUGGAUAUUAUGCAAUAAAACGGAUACAAUUGAAUCCUAAAAAUAAAGCCCUGAACAAGAAAAUCGUUAGGGAAGUGAAGUUAUUGUCUAGACUCAAUCACGAAAAUGUUGUUCGUUAUUACAAUUCUUGGAUUGAAACAACUACUAUCAAAGAAGAUGAAGAUGCUAGUUCAAAUGAUUCUUCUAUACCCAAAGAAAAAAGGCCAGUAGUCGUGAGAAAAGAUGAGUUCACUUUAAAUGACGAUAUUGAGCUUCAUGCACCUCCGAUGAAGAAUGUUGAGGUAUCAAUUACUUAUGAUAGUAAAUCUCAAUCUGCUUAUGCCAGUGGUUCACUUAAUGAAUCUAGUGAUGAAGAAGAAUCUUGGGGUGUAAUUUACGAAGAUGAAUCUGAUUCUGAUGGCAUAGAAUUUGGUGGUGGAUCAAGUACAGCUUCAAAAAAUAGUUCGUAUUCCUCAUCCAUCAAAGACUCAGACAAUUCCCAAAUAGCACAAGAUAUUGUGAAACAAAUCGAUUUCAUGUAUAUACAGAUGGAGUUCUGUGAAAAAAGCACAUUGAGGACUGCCAUCGAUGACAACUUGUAUUUGAAUGAAAAUCGAGUGUUCAGGUUAUUUAGAGAAAUAGUUGAAGGUUUGGCUCACAUCCACCAACAGGGUAUGAUACACAGAGAUCUAAAGCCAGUCAACAUUUUUCUGGAUUCCGAGGAUCAUGUGAAAAUUGGCGAUUUUGGUUUAGCGACCACCAAUAUGAAAUCUAAGCAAAAUGAGCAGAAUCUCUCCAAAAUUACACUGGAAACUGAGAAAGAAGACACAGUUGAUGAAAGUAAAACUGGGCUAGUUGGCACAGCUCUGUAUGUUUCACCUGAAAUUAACUCAACUGUCAAGGUUGUGUAUAGUCAAAAAGUAGAUAUCUACAGCUUAGGAAUUAUUCUCUUUGAAAUGUGCUAUAGACCAUUAGAAACAUCAAUGGAAAGAAUAAAAAUCCUAACCAAAUUGAGGUGUAAAGAGGUGACUUUUCCCGAUGAUUUUGUGAACAAGAAAAACGAAAAACAACAAUUACUUAUCAGGUGGCUUCUAGAUCAUGAUCUGUCAAAACGUCCCACAUCUCUAGAACUGCUUCAAUCUGAAUACAUACCUCCACCAGUAUUAGAAGAGUGUGAACUUCGAGAAUUAGUACGGCACACUUUGAGAAAUCCCCAGCUCAAAGGUUAUAAGUACCUCAUUGCCUCUUGUUUCAUUCAACCUGUUACAGCAGUCCAGGAUAUUACCUACGAUAAAGAUCCGUCCUGUCUGAAUAUGAUGAAGCCAUCACACUUACACGACUUUGUUAAAAAUGUUUGCAUAAAGAUCUUCAAACAACACGGUGGUCAAAAUCUCGCAACACCACUUCUUAUGCCAAAAAGCAAAUUCUAUGAUGGGGUAGAUUCAUAUGUUAAACUAAUGACACAUUUUGGUGGUAUAGUAUCUCUACCUCACGAUCUCAGAGUCCCAUUUGCAAGAUUUGUUGCUUGGAAUGGCAUUACCCUCUUGAGAAGAUAUUCGAUAGAAAGAGUAUACAGAGAGAAAAAAGUAUUUGGUUUCCAACCCAGAGAACUGUAUGAAUGUGCUUUCGACAUUGUAAGUCCAACUGAAGGAUCUCUUAUGUCUGAUGCUGAGAUCAUUUAUAUGGUUUGUGAAAUUUUAAAUGAACUUCCUGGUGUGAAAAAUAAACAUUUUGUUAUCAGAAUUAAUCAUACUAUGCUAUUAACAGCCAUUCUUUUACAUUGUGGUAUAAAAGACAAACAUCAAGAAAUAUUCACAAUGAUCUCAGAUGUGAAGGAAGGCAAAGUCCCGAAAUUCCAACUGCAAAAUCAUUUCAUAACUUUAGGACUAUCAGACAAUAUGAUAAAUAUGUUGUUAAGUUUUUUUUACUCGGAAUUUGAGAUAUCCAAAGCUGCUAAUCAGUUUCAAAUGAUAACAAAGAAAAAGUCUGGCGAGGCAAGCCAAUUGGCCAGACAAGCUUUACAGGAUCUGAAAAAAAUUAGCCAUAAUGCUCAAGCAUAUGGCGUCAAGUACGAUAUUAUAGUUUCGCCAGGGUUAGUAUACAACGCUCAACAAUACUCGGGGAUGAUUUUCCAAUUUGUGUGUGAGUUGAAGAAAAAACAUAAACACCACAAUAUGGAAGUAUUAGCUGCCGGUGGAAGAUAUGAUUCGAUGAUAGCAUUUUAUAGAUCAAUUAUGGAAAAUGCGAAUAUGUUGAGCAAAGAAGUCCAACAAUCUGCUAUUGGAGUUUCUAUAUCGCUAGAUAGGUUGGUUCAAGCAGUUCAAAAAGAACAUUCUGAAGAAAUUCCUGGUGUUGAUAAUCUGGAUGUUGUUGUUUGUUCUGUUGGUCGCAAAGAAAUGAUACAAGAGAAAACUAAGAUUUUAAGAAAUUUAUGGGCAGCCGGGAUAAGAAGUACUUUGAUUGAAACCACAAACAUUGAAGAAAUCCAGGAACAACUAAAUGAAUUGAAGGUUACCCAUGUUGUGAUAUUGAAAGAUAAUGAACAAGGCACUGUAAGAAUCCGAAGUUGGAAUAAAGAGAGAUUUCAAGAAAAAUCCCUACCGACUAGCGAACUUGUGGAAAAUUUACAGAGGAUAUUAAGAAACUGGAAUGACAGCUAUCAAGAAAACGGUCCUCCAUCUUUCCUAACGCGAUCUGAAAGUAAAUCCAGUGGGGAACAUCUUCAAGAAGCCAAUGUAGAUAUCGUUUUUGUUACAAUUGAAAAACUAUCGUCAAAUGCAAGAAAACGAUAUGAAAAUCAGAUUAAAUCACAUCUCGAUAGCCUCUUCAAGAAAUUAACUGGAUUUGUGGUAGUGUUUGGACUAUCAAUUGAAUCGAAUUUGAUAAGAUCUUUGACAUCUUUCUUGGAAUUUGAAACUGAGUACCAGUUUCAAAAAUCUGUUGAAACUGUGAUUGAAAGGCAUCCAAGACACAAGAAAUACCUCAAUGAAAUUUGUGAUGAACUGUAUGAGCAGAAAACAGUGAGAAAAAAUCCUACUAUUGUCUUGUUCAGUUUGUCAGAUUGUUUUUACAAAGUGAUAAUUUGAUUUGAAAGUUUGAAGAUGAAUAAAACUGUUUUCGUU